CUUCCCGGCCGCCGUCCUUCCGGUCCGGCCGUGGCCAUGGCGGCCAGCGAGGACCUGCUGGACGCCGUCGUGAUGGCGGAUGACAGGUUCCACGGGGAGGGGUAUCGGGAAGGCUACCAAGAGGGGAGCAUCCUGGGAGUGGCGGAAGGCAGGUGGCAUGGCGCUGUGCAGGGAGCCAGGAUCGGGGCCGAGGUCGCCUACUACCAGGGCUUUGCUUUUACGUGGAAGAACCUCCUGCUUGGCCGCACCCCAGACGACAGCAGGAAGGUCAAGGUGCUGGAGUCCCUGAUCGGGCUGAUCCGGAGCUUUCCCUACGACGACCCCACCUACGAGCGGCUGCAUGAGGACCUGAACAGGAUCCGGGGCAAAUUCAGGCAGCUCUGCUCACUGCUCAACGUGCAGCCGGACUUUAAAAUGCCCACGGAAGGUUCUGGACUUUCCUUUUGAGGAUGACAGAAGAACAAAGGCAGGACACGAGGAAGCAGAUGUCCAUAUGUUAAGUGCUUAAAAACGUGAUUAAAGGCGAAACAAUA